AUGCAUUCGCAGUCGUCUGCUUUCCCAGCUGCUGCCGAGUCAGCCCCGUCUUCGGGCGCAGUGACACCGGAGCUCUCCUCGCAGCAGCAGAAGCGCCAAGCAUCGGGGCUCACGGCUCAGACAGCACCGGCUUCACCCAUUCUUCAACCGACACACCGACCAGAUGCUGCUGCUGCUGCGGUGCAGGCAUCUGCGUCCGACUCGGCCCUCCUCUCCUCUAAUAACGCAACGGCGGCUUCUGUAUCAGCUGAUGUGACGCCCUACGUAGCUCCGCCCAUUCCAUCCAGCUUCAAGACGUCGUUUGCUGCGUGGUGGAAGGCGAAUCCAGUCCAGGAUGCUGCUCAGGCCGAGCUACACCUCUAUCGAUCCACGGGCUACUUUGAAGGCGCUUCGGUAAACAACGUCGUUUGCGAGAAUGAAGAGAUUCGUGAUGGCAAGGGCCUCGCAAACGGCCUCGAGUGGGCACGCCGAGCUAGCACCAGCAGCACAGACGACACCGACUCUUCAAGCGCACCCUCGUCCUCCUCAAUCGGAUCUUUGUUCCACUCGCCCAAGUUUUGGCCCUUCCACCGCAGCAAGGAGCCAUCCACCAUGACCAUCGGACUCACGCCAGCGUCCGAUGGCAAAGUAGGCUGUAUCCGUCUCGUCGAUAUCGGCUCUUCCACCAGCCUCUCUGCUCAAGCUGUCAACAAAAGCUUGCCCGGCUCUGCCUCGGCGUCGCUCACCUCGUCUCCCUCCGUCAGACCCACAGCUGCCAACGGACUUCCAAACCCUUCUGAUGCUGCCUUGGACGAGCCGGUGCUCAAUGACAACCUCGAACUCACACAGACACUCCAAGACGGCGUCAAGCCAUACACACCACCCUCUGGCCGUAAAAUCAACAUGCUCGAGAUCGGUAUUCCUUACUCGAAGGGAAAGGAAGCCGAGAUCGAGAACGAGACGAAAAUUGUGCUUGCCCAUGGUUAUGGAGCGGGCAGCGCCUUCUUCUUCCAGAACAUCCAGUCGAUGGCUCAAGUGCCCAACUCGCGCCUGUACGUGCUCGACUGGUUAGGAAUGGGCCGUUCUUCGCGUCCCACAUUCCACAUCCCGUCGAGCGAGACCAAGAAUGUCGACACGCGCGUAGCCGCGGCUGAGAGCUUCUUUGUCAGCAGUCUCGAAGAUUGGCGAGCCAAGAUGGGCUUGGAAAAGAUGGUGCUAGUGGGACACAGUCUGGGUGGAUACUUGUCGCUGGCGUAUGCACUUCGCUAUCCUUCUCGCGUCGAGAGGCUCGUGCUGGUGAGCCCCGUCGGCAUCCCCACUGCUCCACCGGAAGACGAGGUGUCGGCAAACAGCACGUCUAAGCCCAAGGGCAGGACGGCGGUGGAGCAGGAGGUGCAACAGCCGCAAGAGCGCGUGGCGCCCCAGUCUGUUGCGCAAGAGCUUAAAGACACUAGCACCGCCAACGACAUGGCGCGCAAAGCUGCGCAAAAUCGUGCUGGCGGCAUUAUCGAGGGCAAUUCAAGCAAUAAUCCUUCCUCGGCGAGGCAGCCACUGGCACGCUCCGAUACGAAACAAUCAGUGGACUCGGCCACGGUGCCUCGCUCGGGACAGUCGAGUGAACCGGAGAAAGGAUCGCACGAGCCGCCGAGGCUCUCGAAGCGCGUGCGAUCCGUGUUCAGCUUCCUGUGGGAGCAGAACGUGUCGCCGUUUGGCAUCUUGCGCGGAUCGCUCUUCUUUGGGCCCAUGUUCGCCGGACGGUACACGUCUCGACGCUUCGGUGCAUUGCCCGACGACGAGCUGCGGUCACUGCACGCCUACUGCCAGAGCAUCUUCCUGAGCAAGGGAUCGGGCGAAUACUGCUUGGCGCACAUCUUGGCACCAGGAGCGUACGCGCGUCGUCCCAUGGUGGACCGCAUCGAGCGGCUCAAGAUGCCCAUGAGCUUCUUGUACGGCGAGCACGACUGGAUGGACGUGCGCGGCGGCAAGGAAGCGGUCAAGCGUUUGCGCAAGCAGGGCAACGUCAAGACCAACUGCUUUGUGGUACCUAACAGCGGUCAUCACAUUUACUUGGACAACCCGAGUCCUUACAACUCUCUGAUCAGCAGGAUCUUGCGCGGUCAAGCUGAUGUGGCGACCAAAUGA